CUCCGGUUUUAAAUGUGCCGAGCAUUAGCGAGCCGCAGCCCCAGCUAUAAACUUCAACCGGCCACAAGAGUGUGCACGUGAGAUGACUGCAAUUUUUUCCUGCCAAACCAGAAUUAGCCGGUAUAGGAAUGAACAAGCUUGGAGAUUUGAAAUUGCACCGAUUGGAAGAAAGCCCGGGUUAGGUUCGGGCACCUCCAAACGUACCCUUUUUAAAGCCACACGGACUGAGGCCUGGAGCUCGAAGUUCCACGAAACGCUCCCCUGGCCUGGCAGCGAGCGGCAGAGGAGCCCGGGGGCCGGGCACCGAGCGCACGGAGCCGGCCGGAGAGCCGAGCCGCAGCCACCCGCAUCUCCAUCCAGGAUGCUGGGCGACAUUGCCGCAGCUCUCUACGCCCAGCCGCUCAGGGGGCUCCGAGGCAAGCAGCAAGUUCGGGGGUCGGGGCCGGGAGCCGAGUGAGGCGGCAGCCCCGCGAACCGCGGGCGAAAAUCUUGGAAAAUGUAUACAAGUCAUGAAGAUAUUGGGUAUGAUUUUGAAGAUGACCCCAAAGAUAAGAAGACACUUAAGCCCCACCCAAACAUUGACAGCGGAUGGGCUUGGAUGGUGGUUCUUUCCUCCUUCUUUGUGCACAUCCUCAUCAUGGGCUCCCAGAUGGCCCUGGGAGUCCUCAACGUGGAAUGGCUUGAAGAAUUCCAUCAGAGCCGCGGUCUGACCGCGUGGGUCAGCUCCCUCAGCAUGGGCAUCACCUUGAUUGUGGGACCUUUCAUCGGCUUGUUUAUUAACACCUGUGGGUGUCGCCGGACGGCAAUAAUCGGAGGGCUGGUGAACUCGCUCGGCUGGGUACUGAGCGCCUAUGCCGCCAAUGUGCAUUAUCUCUUUAUUACCUUUGGAGUGACAGCUGGCUUUGGAAGCGGGAUGGCCUACCUGCCGGCCGUGGUCAUGGUGGGGAGGUACUUCCAGAAGAGACGCGCCCUGGCCCAGGGCCUCAGCACCACCGGGACGGGGUUCGGCACCUUCCUCAUGACAGUUUUGCUCAAGUACUUGUGCGCCGAGUACGGAUGGCGGAAUGCAAUGUUCAUCCAAGGAGCCGUGUCCUUAAACCUGUGUGUCUGCGGGGCGCUCAUGAGGCCCCUCUCUCCUGGGAAAGGCCAGAACGACCCGGGAGGGAAAGAUCCGCAGGUCGUGCUGGCUCACUCCCCUGGAUCUAAGUCAAGUGGACCGCUGGGCGGAGCGGAAGAGAAGGGUGGCGGGCCCGGGAACGGGAAUGGGAACGAGGAGACCGUGGGCGACCUCCCAGGCCAGGCGUGCCAGGAGAAGGCGGGGCACAGACAGAACUUGUGCGCCUUGCGGGUGCUGAAGACGGCCAGCCAGCUGACCGUGAGAGUCAGGAGGGGCUUCCGGGACUGGUACUCCGGCUAUUUUGGGACAGCCUCGCUCUUUACCAAUCGAAUGUUUGUCGCCUUUAUUUUCUGGGCUCUGUUCGCAUACAGCAGCUUUGUCAUUCCUUUCAUCCACCUCCCAGAAAUAGUCAAUUUGUAUAACUUGUCGGAACAAAACGAUGUUUUCCCUCUGACUUCAAUUAUAGCAAUAGUGCAUAUCUUUGCAAAAGUGAUCCUGGGCAUUGUGGCCGACCUACCUUGCAUCAGCGUUUGGAAUGUCUUCCUGAUGGCCAACUUCACCCUUGUCCUCAGUAUUUUUAUUCUGCCACUGAUGCACACCUACGCUGGCCUGGCCGUCAUCUGUGCACUGAUAGGCUUUUCCAGCGGUUAUUUCUCCCUAAUGCCUGUGGUGACCGAAGACUUGGUGGGGAUUGAGCACCUGGCCAACGCUUACGGCAUCAUCAUCUGUGCCAAUGGCAUCUCCGCGCUGCUGGGACCCCCUUUCGCAGGCUGGAUCUAUGACAUCACAGAAAAAUAUGAUUUUUCCUUCUACAUAUGUGGCUUACUUUACAUGGUAGGAAUACUCUUUUUACUCAUUCAACCGUGUAUUCAAAUGAUAGAACAAUCCAGAAAAAAAUACAUGGAUGGCGCCCAUGUUUAGCAUCAUGUUCUGUUUCCUGUAAGGUUUCUUUGGGGUACCCACGCCUACCUCCCAUGGUUGCUGUGAGGAGCCCUUGACCUUGUGGGGAAGCGCUUUGUAUGGUAACCAGCACUGUCAUUUGUAAAUGCCGUGGUCACGGCUGCGUUUGAAAGCAGCACUGCCCUUCCGUUUGGGGAGAAGAGAGGCUGGAAAGGUGUGAAAGACUACAUACAUUUUAGAGAUGACGAUGUCCUUCAAAGAUGGCCUGUUAAAUACUUGGUAGAAAUGCCCUUACAAAAACCAUUCUCUCUCGUCACCCACUGGGACUAAGCUUUUAGAUACAGCUUUUGAAACAAAGACAAGGAAUAAAAUCUUUUCAACUCAUCUACUCUUUCUGCGGUGAAAAUAAAUGAUCUAAAUGCUUCCGGAAAGCUUCUGGAUAAAUGGGUUCCAAGCACAAGCACAUGAUCAGCCUUCAGAACUGGUUCAGGGAGCUGUUGAUCUCCUAGUGAAAAGCAAAGGCAGGCUCUGAUUUCACAGGUAAUACGCUUAGUGCAAUGAACGAAACACAGUUUAUAUUUUUAUGAAAGAAUUCUGCAGCUAGAAGUAACAGUUUUUCAAUCGUCCUCUAAGAAAAGCCUCUGCCAUCAAUCCUAAUUUAGUAGUAUUUAGUUGUAAACUGACUCUUAAGACAAAACCUACAGAAAUAAUAAUGACUUCCUUAGCAAAAAGUUGUAUUUGUCAUGCAAACAUUCAAUCAAGGGCUAUGAUUCAAGCACUUUUAUUCAUAUCAUUAGCCUCUUCGUUUAUGAGCAUGGUCUGGGGUUUAUAAAAGUUUUUUUCCGAGUUUCUCCUGCCCAAUAAAUAAAACAGAGAAGGAACUGCUGGUUGAUAUACAAAGUCAGCAGUUAAAUCAUCUGUGGAGUGUGUUACUGAUACAAAAUGUGAGACUAUCAAGUUGCAAGAGUCGUAAACGGAAGGCCCUCAGCCUGGACGUCUGUGCAGCCGACAUUGGAGUAGGCGGUAACCGGUAGCGCUUCUCCGGGGCCUCCCGUUACAUAGACCAUCCGUCUGCCUGAGCUCGACAUGGUUUUAACAGUGGUUCUCUUGAUUGAUUGCAUACACAAGAUAACUGUAAUCCAUGACAUCUCCAUGACAUCAAAUGAUGCUCUUCCUUUAUCUGAGAUCUCUAUUUUUCUAAGCCAAACAGUUUUCAGCCUGCAGAAUGUUCUUCCCCAGAAUCAUUUGGAAAUUUCUGGCUGCCUUACUUGUUGACACAUAUUUUAGAACUAUUUCAAUUUCUACUCACAAUUUGCUCAUCACACACACACAAAUCCUUUCAUAUCAUUGCCCAUGUCUUGGGUCAAAUUUAUCUGAAGUGAGCACAGACCAUUCUCAAUUAUCCUUGGUAAUUCGAGGCAGGAAUUGUACUAACAAUUGGAAUCACAGAGUGUUACCCCAAGCUUUGUUCUAGCCAAGAGUUUCAGAUUUUUCCUCCCCAAACCCUUCAGAGCUCUUAACGAGGGAUUAUGGACAAGCUUACUUUUUCUUCCAUCUCCAUUAUUUCCUGCUCUAAUGCCUAGUGGGAGGGGUUGUAUAAUCAAAGGGACCACCAAACUCACAAUAAUAAUUAAGGCAGCUAAUGGAAAGGAGAAACAAAAGCAUGGUUAGUAUACACACUCAAUAUUACCUCUAAUGACUAGAGAAUCGCCUGGAAAUUGUUAUAGAUAAUAAAUUGCAUGUCAUUCUCCAUUUGGUUCAACAUAAUGACCUAUUUGUUAUCAUUACAGCUUUGGCUGCUGUUUAAGAAUCCAGCUGUCUGUUUUGAUAAAGGUACUCUUAAAUCCUGUGGCAAUGCUCUCUCUCUCUCUCUCUCUAUUUACUAUAAAAUCAGAUAAUUACACCAAGAACACAUGUGUGUUUUAAAACUGACUACACGACUUCCAUGACUUUCAUUUUCAGAUAACACCAAAUUAAGUGUUUUGAAUGGUGCUAGAGCCAGUGCGUUCUGAUGCGUGCGCUGCUGGCCGCGCAUCGUAAACAGGAACUUUCCCUCCAGUUCCCCGCUUUCGUUCCACCCAACUUAGAUCUGCAUACCUGCAGUCUAGACAGGUGUUCGUUGACUCUGCACUGACCGGAUGGUGAUUUCUACCGAAUCAGAAGUUCCUAUUUUACAAAAACAGUAAAACCUGCUUGCAAUAUUCAUGUAGACAACAGAAUAAAAGAGAAUGUCUAUGAGGAAUUACAGCAAAUGUAUGAAUACUUCCUGUUAAAACUAUGCUAUUCUUUACAGUUCUUUGACGAUAUUAUAAAGGGUUAGUUGUCUAUUUAUACCAUGUGCUUUCUAGUGUUCCCCUCGCAUAUCUAAGUCAUUUUUAUUUACAUACGAUGAAAUAAAUUUUGUCCUCUUUAAAGAUGA